UUCUAAUAUCAACAGUGUUUCACAGGAAUCGCUGAGUGCACCUUUAAAGAUCACUUUUUAUUUCUGUGCUUGUGUGCUGUUUGACUGACAGGCAGCUUCUGUGUGUGUUCUUUAUUUGUGUGUGCUCUGAGAGCGCUAUUGGUAAUAUGGAUAUGUGCCUUAAACUGUGAAAUGUAUAUACUAGAAACCCUAACUAGAUAAAAGAUUUGGUCAAAAUGUCUAUUUAUUAUUUUUUAGGUAUGAAUAUAAACAUAGUCUGUUAAAGACCACUCACUGUAUUCACUUAUUUUAUAUAAUAGAUAAUUUUUAGAAAAAUGUAGAUAAUUUUAAUCGGUUUAAAAGUACUAAUGUCAAAAAAAAUCAUCUAGUGAAAAACUGAUUUAAGUGAGGAAUAAUUGACUCCAGCCCAUUAAAUUACUGAAAAAUAAUGCACACCCUGAGGCCAAAGUCAAUUCCUCUGCUUGUUCCACAGUCACCACACCUUGAGACAUUCUUCAGUUCCAAAAAAAACUAGUAAACUUAGCAAAAAAGAAAUGUCCCUUUUUCAGGAGACUGUAAUUUAAAGAUAAUUUGAUAAAAAUCCAAAUAAAUGUACAAAUCUUUAUUGUAAAGGGUUUAAACAAUGUUUCCAUGCUUGUUCAAUGAACCAUAAACAAUUAAUAAACAUGCAUUUAUGGAACGGUCUAUAAGACACUAAAAGCUUACAGAUGGUAGUCACAGUUAUAAAAACUUAGGACACUAAAGAGACCUUUCUACUGACCAAAGGAAAGAUCUCCAGGGUCCCUGCUCAUCUGCGUGAAACUGCCUUAGACAUGCUGCAUGGAGGCAUGAGGACUGCAGAUGUGGCCAAGGCAAUAAAUUGCAAUACCCGCAGUGUGAGACACAUAAGACAGUGCUACAGGGAGACAGGAAGGACAGCUGAUCGUCCUCGCAGUGGCAGACCACGUGUAACAACACCUGCACAGGAUCGUUACAUCUGAAUAUCACACCUGCGGGACAGGCACAAGAUGGCAAAAACAAUUGCCUGACUUGCACCAGGAAAACACAAUCCCUCCAUCAGUGCUCAGACUGUCUGCAAUAGGCUGCGAGAGGCUGGACUGAGGGCUUGUAGGCCUGUUGUAAGGCAGGUCCUGACCAGACAUCACUGGCAACGAUGUUGCUUCUGGGAACAAACUCGCAUUCGCUGGACCAGACAGGACUGUCAAAAAGUGCUCUUCACUGACGAGUCAUGGUUUUGUCUCACCAGGGGUGAUGGUCAGACUCACGUUUAUCGUCAAGGGAAUGAGGGUUAUACUGAGGCCUUUACUGUGGAGCAGGAUCAAUUUAGAGGUGGAGGUUCCAUCAUGGUCUUGAGUGGUGUGUCACAGCAUCAUUGGACUGAGCUUGUAGGCAAUCUCAAUGCUGUGUGUUACAGGGAAAAUAUCCUCCUCCCUCAUGGGGAACCCUACCAGCAGGCUCAUUCUGACAUGUCCCUCCAGCAUGACAAUGCCACCAGCCAUACUGCUCGUUCUGUGCAUGAUAUCCUGCAAGAUAGGAGUGUCCGUGUUCAGCCAUGGCCAGAAAAAGCCUGGACCUCAAUCACAUUGAGCACGUCUGGGACUUGUUGGAUCUGAGGUUGAUGUCUAGGACCAUUCCCCCCAGAAAUGUCCUGGAACUUGCAAGUGCCUUGGUGGAAGAGUGGGGUAACACCUUACAGCAAGAACUGGCAAAUCUGGUGCAGUCCAUGAGGAGGAGAUGCACUGCAGUACUUAAUGCAGCUGGUGGCCACACCAGAUACUGACUGUAUGAACUUUUAUAUUCAUACAAAUAUUUACAUAUUAAGUUUCCUGAAAAUAAAAGCAGUUGAAAGUGAGAGGACAUUUCUUUUUUGCUGAGUUUAGAAUCACUUAAUUACAAACUUUUACUUUUUCAAUUUCUGAGGGUUUAUUAAAUACUCCAUACUGUUAAAGCACAGUUUUUCUUAAUUUUGACUUUUGGUCUGUUGUUUUUAUUUGUUCUGUUGCUUGUAAUUUCUUCUUUAUUAUUGAUUGUUUACUUAAAUUAUUAGGCUACUUGAGAACAAUGUUUACUUAACAAAAUAGUUGGUAUUCGUUUCCGUUGCAUUUCGUGGAGGUUGCGCUUCCACCAGCUAAAAUACUCUGAAAUUAGUUGUAUCUACUCUGCAUCUAUUAUCGCAUCUCUGACAGUAAUGGUAUUUAAAAUAUUCUCUUCUCUAGAGUUUAUUUUUUCAAGCUAACUAAUAGCGAUGUUCACGAUAGUCGACAUUCGGUUAACCGUUUGACAACACUAUAAAGGAAUACCAAAACAUUUUGUUAUUCUACACAUGCGUCUGCUCUGUUUUUCAACAGUUGAAUUCAGAAGUUUACAUCCACCUUAGCCAAAUACAUUUAAACUCACAAUUCCUGACAUUUAAUCAUAGAAAACAUUCCCUGUCUUGGGUCAGUUAGUAUCACUAUUUUAUUUUAAUAUGUGAAAAGUCAGAAUAAUAGUAGAGAGAAUGAUUUAUUUCAGCUUUUAUUUUUAUCAUCAUAUUCCCAGUGGGUCAGACAUUUACAUACACUUUGUUAGUAUUUGGUGGGAUUGCUAUUAGUCAAGUCAAGUGGUUUUUAUUGUCGUUCAGCCAUAUACAGUUGGUACAGUACACAGUGAAAUGAGACAAGGUUCCUCCACUCUGGACAUGAGCAAAAAUCUCAGCUGUCCUCACUAUCCUCUGCAGGGCUUUGUGGUCCGAAAUCGUGCAAGUCCCAAACCAGGCUGUGAUGCAGCUGCUCGGGAUGCUCUCAAUAGUCCCUCUAUAGAAUGUAGUGAGGAUGGGGGGUGGGAGAUGUGCUUUUCUCAGCCUUCAAAGAAAGUAGAGACGCUGCUGGGCUUUCUUGGUAACAGAGCUGGUGUUGAGGGACCAGGUGAGGUUCUCCGCCAGGUGAACACCAAGGAAUUUGGUGCUCUUGACGAUCUCCACAGAGGAGCAGUCGAUGUUCAGCGGAGAGCGGUCACUCUUUGCUCUCCUGAAGUCAACAACCAUCUCUUUUGUUUUCCACAUUCAGAGACAGGUUGUUGGCUCUACACCAGUCCGUUAGCCGCUGCUCCUCCUCUCUGUAUGUUCUUGCUGAUGAGACCCACCACGGUCAUUUCAUCGGCGAACUUGAUGAUGUGGUUCGAGCUGUGCAUUGCUGCACAGUCGUGAGUCAGCAGAGUGAAAAGCAGUGGACUGAGCACACAGCCCUGGGGGGACCCCCUGUGCUCAGUGUGGUGGUGGAGAUGUAUUCCCGAUCCGGACUGACUGAGGUCUCCCAGUCAGGAAGUCCAGGAUCCAGAUGCAGAGGGAGUUGUCCAGGCCCAGCAGGUUCAGCUUUCCAAUCAGGUGCUGAGGAAUUAUUGUGUUGAAUGCUGAGCUGAAGUCUAUGAACAGCAUUCAAAUGUAUGAGUCGUUUUUAUCUAGGUGGGUGAGAGCAAGAUGGAGGGUGGUGGUGAUGGGUCAUCUGUUUAAUUGUUUGGAUGAUAUUUGAACUGCAGUGGGUCUAGUGAGGCGGGCAGCUGGGUCUUAAUGUGCCUCAUGACAAGCCUCUCGAAGCACUUGAUGAUGAUGGGUGUGAGUGUGACGGGAUGAUAGUCGUUGAGGCAGGACACUGAAGACUUCUUUGGCAUGGGGAUGAUGGUGGUGGAACAACGGCACUGCUCAGAGAGAUGUUGAAGAUGUCAGUAAGAACAUCUGCCAUCUGGUCUGCACAUCCUCUGAGCACUCUGCCAGGACUCUACGUAGAGUUUUCCUGACAUCAGCCGUGGUAAGACAGAGCACUUGGUCGUUGGGAAAAGGGAUGGUCUUCCACGGCACCACGUUGUUCUGCACCUCAAACCGAACGUAGAAGUCGUUCAGCACAUCUGGAAGGGAGGCAUCUUUGUCACAGGUAAUUGAUGUUGUUCUGUAGUUGGUGAUGGCCUGGAUGCCCUGUUACAUGCACUGCAUGUCGCCACUGUCCUGGAAGUGACUGUGGAUUCUCUGGGCGUGUGCGCGCUUUGCCUCUCUGAUGGCCCAGAACAGUUUGGGCCUUGCUGUUUUUAGGGCCACCUUGUCACCUGCUCUGAAGGCGGAGUCUCGGGUCCUCAGCAGCGCACGCACCUCCACAGGUACAUCUCCAAAUCAUUAGACCUCCUAUCAGAAGCUAGUUGUCUAAAAGCUUGACAUAAUUUUCUGGAAUUUUCCAAUCUGCUUAAAGGCACAUUUAACUUGGUGUAUGUAACUUCUGACCCACUGGAAUUGUGAAAAAUGACUCAUGUCAUGCACAAAGUAGAUGUCCUAAAUGACUUGUCAAAACUAUUAUUUGCUAAUAGAAAAUAUGUGGAAUGGUUAAAAAAAAAGUUGUUUUAAUUACUUCAACCUAAGUGUAUGUAAACUUCAACUGUAGGUACUUUAAACAGUCCUGUCCAGCAGGUGGCUGAAAUUCACCAGACGUUGUUUUGUGAACCACCAGAAAACACAAGAAGAGCUGAAAUUUUAUGCGCUCAGAGCUGAUAGAAGUGAGAGAAGAAUGUGAAGAGCUGCAGGAAGUGGAGGAGGAACAACAACAUGGUUUCAUAACGGGAGGAAAAUCUUUAAGUGACUCAAAGACAGAAGACAAUUUCUCACCUAAAAAUCCUCAAAAAACAGCCAAGGAAGCUUUCACCUGCUCUCAGUGUGGAACAUGUUUCACAUGUAUAAGCUAUCUUAAUAGACACAUGAGAGUUCAUACUGGAGAGAAACCUUACACGUGCCAUCAGUGUGGAAAAGGUUUUGCAUAUGCAACCAGUCUCAAGAGUCAUCUCUUUUGUCACUCUGAAGAAAAGCCAUUUGAAUGUGAUAAGUGUGAUAAAACAUUUGUUCUGGCACAGUACCUAAAACGACAUCUGAAAACUCACAGAAAUGAGAAGCCUUACAAGUGUUCUUUUUGUGGAAAGAGUUUUAAACAUCACUUCUAUUUGAAAGACCACCAGAAAAUACAUACCGGUGUGGCGGCUCAUAUGUGCUUUGAAUGUGGGAAGUUCUUUAUUACAGCCAGCAACUUGAAACAACACCAAAGUAUUCAUACUGGAGAGAAACCUUACAACUGCUCACACUGUGGAAAGAGUUUCACUCUGUCAGAACACCUGAAAACACAUGAGAGAAUUCAUACAGGAGAGAAACCUUACAAGUGCUCACACUGUGGAAAGAGUUUCACUGAGUCAAAAACCCUGAAAACACAUGAGAGAAUUCAUACAGGAGAGAAACCUUACAAGUGCUCACACUGUGGAAAGAGUUUCACUCAGUUAGCACACCUGAAAAGACACGAGAGAAUUCAUACUGGAGAGAAACCUUACCACUCAGGGCCUGAAAUUAAUUUCUGAAAAUGGGGAGGGAAUUCCCCCCUAAAGCCCUCGAUAUACUUCCUUCGAAAUGAAAUAAUGAAUGGGUGGGACAUCAUUUAGAACAAAUUCUGGCCAAAAAGGUGUUUUUGUGUUCGUUAGGAUGGUUUGUAACGGCUCACUGGGGUGAAUUUUAGGAACAACCUUUAAUGUUGUUCAGUGAGUCAAAAUCAGUCGACAUGAACAUGUUGAUGUGCAGAGUUAUUAGCAAGCUGGUGCAAAUGUACCUACAUCUGUACGACCAUUCGCUUAAGAGAUAUUUUCCAAGACAAUUAACUUUUCUCAAUUCCUGAGUUGUCAGAAAUCAACUUUAUUUGAUUUCCCUUUACAAGGACAGUUUUUUUCUAUUCUAA